CAUCACUCCGAAAACUAUAUCAUCAUCAGAGACCAGAUCAUAUUUGUCAUUGCUUUCUCCACUCCACCCUCUCUUGUUAUCGGUAGAAAUCUGCAUGAUGAAUCCAGCAUCAGAGUCUCGCUCAAGUCCUCAGCAACACCAAACCACUGUUAAUUCCACGACCGAGAUCCAGUCGCGGCCAAUAAUCGAUGACAUGUUUCAAAACUCAUGGGAAGCUGCAGAAAGAGGUUAUGAAACAUGUAGCUAUUAUGAAUCCAAGUUGAAGCAAAUCCUACAGUUCGCCUUCAUUGAUAUCAUCAUCAGCUUAAUGGCAGUGUUUGCAGUUUUCAUAGCACAGCGAGAUCUGAAAGGCCAUGCAAACGAAUUGCACCUUCUCAUCUGCGGCUACCUCACCACCUGCAGUCUUCUCUGUGGGGUAACCCUAAUGUUCUUCACCAUCAAUUUGCUAAGUCGCAAGAAUCACAGUGUCCAAAGAGGCCAGCAUAUGACCACCGUUUUCCUCCUCGUCAUUUCAUGCGCUCUCCUCAUCCUUACAGCAGCUGGUUUCUCAACUCUCCUCCAUAAACGCUCUAUGUUUCUGGCAGCCCUGCUUCCGGGAUGUUUGCUUCUCGGCACCCUCCUCUACUUCAUAUUCCACGCAGGCGAUGAUCAUGAUCAGAAUUCCACAGGAUAUGGAAGCUGUAAAUCAGAGCUGAAACAUUCGUUGGGUCUCUCAUCCACUGUUGUCUCCCUUGCAUUCAGUGGGCUGAUAACUACUCUUAUUGGGACCGCUAAAAGUAAUUCGGAUCAAGCCCUUACCAUAAACACGAAAAUCUGCAUCUUUCAGAUGUUCUUCGCCGCCAUGUUCGGCCUUCUGUUGAUGCUGCUCAGCUCAGUCCCACCGAGCUUCAAGCAGCAAAGCACCAGGGAGUUCCUUACCAAGCUCCUCAAAGCACUCAGCUACUCUCUGCUGGGCUCAUUGGCACUCGUAGCCGCUACGGCGGCGUCUGCGUUCCUUGACGUCUUCCUUGUACUGGUUCUCCUGCCGACACCAUUUCUUGGAGUCACUCUUUGGUUCUGCAUAGAGUGGCACAGCACCCAGAAACAGCCGCACGAACCGCGCACUACUACCAACGUUGGUCAAGAUCUCAAGCUCAAACUCAUUUCCAAGGUCGGUACUACCACGACAUCCAUCAGCUUCGGAGGUCUUACGGGCGUCUUCUCAGGAUUUAUCGGCAGAAAAGGCAGUGAAUUGCAGCUCAAGCUCUGCGUGCUGGUGAUGUUCUUCGCAUUUCUGUCCAGUUUCAGCGUGAAGCUGCUCGCUUUCAGUACUCCAAAGCCAGGAACUCUGAUGACAGUUAUCAAAUCCUUAAGCACUUGCUCUGUCUUGUUGCUCCUAUUCUCUGCCAUUAUCGUCUUCUUCCUCGAGUUCCUGGGUGGCUGAGCACAACGAAAAUUACUACUUACUUGCUGCUCGGGGAAAUGCUCAUGUCACGUUGAAGUCAGUGGGAUUCGGUCAUAUCCUGAGAGAUCAGAUGGAAUGCGAACAUUGCAUUUGAUUACAGUGUAAGUUUCUUUUUUACUUUUAGAAAAAAAGCUAGAGAAUUUGAUUACAGCAUUAGUUGUUGUCAUCACAAAAACACCCCAGCAUGGCCCAUAUGGUUUUAGGGCUUGUCCAUAAAUAGCAUAAGAUUGAUGCAUUGAUUGCUCACUGUGUGCCCACAUGACUUCCAGAGACUUGUAGGGUUCAUAGAGAUGUGGUCCAUAUGUUUGAACUUUGGUUUGGCCAGCUCUAUAAAAAUUCGAUUUUCAUAAUAAAAAAAAAUUAUAAUCACAUAUGAAAAUGAUAAAUAAAAUUUAUUUUUGCGACAUCAUUUAGACUUCUUAUGUUUCUUUUAUCAUGUGAUCAGAGCAAAAUAAUCAAUUUUAAAAAUAGUUUCAAAUUAAGGAGCUUACAAAUAAAAAUAAAAAUUGAUACAUUCUAAAUCUAAUUCUAAUUUAAAAUGAUAAAUUCUAUCAUCUCUCUAUUUCCAUAUUCAUCCUUUAGUUCUUUUAUUUUUUUUAUAUUAUUAUUAUAUUAUCGAUCAAUGUCUGUAGCCUCCUUUACAUCCUAAGCAUUAUCUUUUAUUUGGAGAUGGAUUUCUAAUAGUGUGUGCUCAUGUUCUUCCUCUACCAACCUUUCAUAAUGUCUAUUUUGUGUAUCACAUCAAUAUCUUUAGGCUUUUCAUACUCUUCUCUUGCCACCUCUGUCCUCUCGUGGAAAAUCCAAAACUACAUGGAUUUUCCAUCUUUCUACAAUAUUUACAAACAGAUCGGUUCCAUAGAAUGUGUUCCUGAUGAAUAUAUGUAUCGAUAAAGCAUGAGAUUGCAAGAAUCUAAUGGAAAAUAUGUUAGGUUUCCGAUUGCAAGGUGCCUAUUACGGUGGUAUGUUUCAGAAAAAUGGUUACUUCCUAGCAAAACCUGUGGAUGACCAGUGCUAUCGAGAUGGAAAGGCAGAAGUGAAAGCAUAAGAUGCUAACCUCGAAGUCCGGAAGAAGUCUAUCGUUACAUAUAUCCAAGAUCGGAGCAGUUCAUGUGGAAGAUGGACGACAGUUCCCUCAAUAUAUCUGCAGAAAAGCAAGAUGAUCAGCUGCUGUCCCUGUGACUAUCCUGCGAGCUGUAACUAGUGCAAUUAUUUGCAUAGAAGAUCUGAUUAGGGGAAAUGAAACUUGAGCGAGGGAGUCUGACCUGAAAGAUGAUGAUGAUACAGUGAUGGUGCGAGCAGUUCUUACCAGAUCUAAGAUGAGUUUUGAGUACUGCUUGCAACCACGGCUAAAUCCAACAAGCAAUACAAAUGAUUUUGAAGGACAGAAGAUGCUCGUCUCAACUUGAUGUAAUGUAUUCUUUCCCUUCUCCAAGCUGUUUAGGUGCAUCUGCAUUUGGCUGGACUAAGAAUUUUCUAUUACCCGUUGUUCAUAAUUAAAGACUGUCAACUAUGUUAUAUAUCAGUUAGUUUAGCUCUUUCUGUCGGUA